AUGAAAGGUUUAAUUUUAGUAGGCGGUUACGGUACCAGAUUGAGACCCUUGACGUUGACUCAACCAAAGCCUUUGGUGGAGUUCGCCAACAGACCAAUGAUCUUACACCAAAUCGAGGCUUUGGCCAAUGCCGGCGUCACCGACAUCGUCCUAGCUGUCAACUACAGACCAGAAGUCAUGGUUGAAACUUUGCAAAAAUACGAAAAGGAAUACGGUGUCUCCAUCACUUUCUCCGUCGAGACCGAACCAUUAGGCACUGCUGGUCCAUUGAAGUUGGCUGAAAAGAUCUUGAAGAAAGAUAACUCUCCAUUUUUCGUCUUGAACUCUGACGUCAUUUGCGAAUACCCAUUCAAGGAACUAGCCGACUUCCACAACGCUCACGGUGGUAAAGGUACCAUUGUCGCCACUAAAGUCGACGAGCCUUCUAAGUACGGUGUUAUUGUCCAUGACAUUCAAACUCCAAACUUGAUUGACAGGUUCGUUGAAAAGCCAGUCGAGUUCGUUGGUAACAGAAUCAAUGCUGGUUUAUACAUCUUAAACCCAGAAGUCAUCGAUUUAAUUGAAAUGAAACCAACUUCCAUCGAAAAGGAAACUUUCCCAAUCUUAGUCGAACAGAAGUCGUUAUACUCUUUCGAUUUAGAGGGCUUUUGGAUGGAUGUCGGUCAACCAAAGGAUUUCUUAGCUGGUACUGUCCUAUACUUAUCUUCCGUCGCCAAGAAGAACGAAGAAAAAUUAGCUAAAGGUAGCAACAUCGUCGGUAACGUCAUUGUCGACCCAUCUGCCAAGAUUUCUCCAUCUGCCAAGAUCGGUCCAAACGUCACUAUCGGUCCAAACUGUGUCAUCGGUGAUGGUGCUAGAAUCGAAAGAUCUGUCAUCUUAGCCAACUCCACCGUUAAGGAACACUCUUUAGUUAAAUCCACAAUCGUCGGUUGGAACUCCACUGUCGGUAGAUGGUGUAGAUUAGAAGGUGUCACCGUUUUAGGUGAUGACGUCGAAAUUAAAGAUGAAAUCUACAUCAACGGUGGUAAAGUCUUACCUCAUAAGUGUAUUUCCACCAACGUCCCACAAGAAGCUAUCAUUAUGUAG